CACGAACCAGUCCGUCACCUAUUCAAUCAAGCAGGCUGAUUGAGAGCCUUACCAUCCACCAAGCCACAGAAAGAAAAGUAAAUUAAAGGAGAGCAGACAAGAAAAGAAAGCAGGAGAAAUGCCCGAGCCAGAUCACACCCUCGUGGUGAUAACGACCUCGGUCGUCGCACUCAUCACGGGCUUCCUCCUCGGCGUCUACAGCAUUCGCGGCUACCUGAUCUCGCCUGAGCUGGUCAAGGAGUCCCGCGCUAACUAUGACGACCCAGUCGACAGCGACGAGACGGACAUUGACGAGGACGAGACCGUCCUGGACCACGCGCCGAACUGGGCCAACGGCGAGGCGGCUGACCGGAAGCAGGGGCUGAGGGUAUCCGCUGCCCCAGAGGACAAGACGAACAAGAAGAAGAAGAAGACAAAUAAGACUACGGCGGCAGAGGAGGAGAAGACCGCAUCGACCGGCGCAUCCACGGUCGAGGAUACCGGCGAGGAGUGCAAGCUGGUGCUUGUAGUGAGGACGGACUUGGGGAUGACCAAGGGCAAGAUCGCAGCACAGUGCUCCCAUGCGACUCUAGCCUGCUACAAGACCCUCUCCCGCGAUGCCCGCAGGCUCGGUCCCCAGAGCGCCGCCGCCCGCCUCCUGUCGCGGUGGGAGCGCCACGGUCAGGCCAAGGUCGCCCUGCAGGUCAAGACGCAGGACGAGAUGAUGACGCUGAUGGGCACUGCCCAGAGCCUGGGCAUUACGGCCGAGGUCAUCCAGGAUGCUGGGCGGACCCAGAUCGAUCCGGGCAGCCUGACUGUUCUGGGUGUGGGGCCUGCGCCCAAGAGCAAGGUGGACCAGGUCACUGGCGGACUAAAGCUGCUUUGA